AUGGUGAACCUCCACACCAUCCAAGCCCACAAUGUGGCUCUCAAAUCCCUAGCCUCCUCAGGUCUCGUCGCGGUGUUUGUCGGCGGUACCUCUGGCAUCGCCCUCUCCACUGCCCUCGCUUUCACCCGUCACACCCCCUCCCUCAAAAUCUAUCUCGUCGGCCGCAGCCAGUCCGCCGCCGAUGCUGCCAUCGCCUCCAUGAAAACCAUAAACCCCUCCGCCCAGCCAACCUUUCUCCAAACCGACAUAUCCCUGCUCAAAAACGUCGACAGUGUGUGCGCCGAGAUCGCAGCCAGAGAAAAGAAAGUAAACCUGCUUUUCAUGACACCCGGUUACAUGACACUGAAAGGUCGGGACGAGACGGCCGAAGGUCUGGACCGCAAAUUCGUGCUGCAUUACUACGCGCGGAUGCGAUUCAUCACCAAUUUGCUUCCCCUCUUGAACGCAGCCGCUCGAGACCCCUCUGUCGAUGCCAGCGCCAGACUAUCCCGCGUAGUCUCCGUCCUAGACCCAAUGGUCUCCGUCCGUGCCGGCGGCUCUGGCACGCUCGACUUCUCUGACCUCAGUCUGAAGCACACGUUUAGCCUCAAGAAAUGCGGCUGGCACGCCAGUCUGAUGGGGGAUUUUUUCCUGGAGAGCAUGGCGCAGCGACACCCGCAUACCUCCUUCGUCCACGCGUACCCCUCUGGCGUGGCCACGGGCGUGCUGCGUGAACUGCCAGCUGGACGCGUGCUGUCGGCUGUGCUGACGCCGCUGUUGAGACCAUUCAUGGUGCCGCUUGAGGAGAGUGGGGAGAGGCAUUUGUUUGCGGCGACGAGUGGGAGGUAUCCUCCGAAAGCUGAGGGAGAGGGGAUAGAAGUGGAUGUCGCGGUUGGCAGCGAUGGGACGAAGGGGAGUGGUUGUUACUGGGUGAGUUGGGACGGAGAGGUGUUUCCGCCAAACAAGAAAUUGGAGAGGACGAGGGGGCAGGGGGCGGUGGAGAAGGUGGUGCAGCACACAGAGGAGGUGUUUAAGCAGGUGUAUGAAGAGGGCAAGACAUACCCCUGA